CUCCUCUACCGACGUGGUGUCCCAGUGUCCCUGCUGGUCCUUCCGUCGAUGUGCAAUGCGCCCCUGUCCAAACCUGCAACAAUCAACGCACCUGUGACGCGCAAUGUGUGCUAGUGGCGGCGGUCGCGAACAUGGUGUGAUCAUUCAGUGCCUAACCAAGUAACUUAGGAAUUCCGGUCAAACAGACACUAUGGGAGAACAGGCCUCAUCGUAACGAUGGACUGGGAAUGGGCAUACGCCGGCGUGAACACCACAGUGCCACGGAACGCAGGUCCCGAAUGCGCGGACUUCCUGAACCGUCGCUGGAGGUACGUGGACACCUUCUUCGUACUCCUCCUAACCUGGCAGCUGUUCAAAUGGGGAUGGGCACGCAUCCGUCUGCCCAUGGCCGCUGGCUACGUGAGAAGGGACAGAGGAGGUCGCCGGGCUCUCCUGGUGCUCAUGUCUGUGGUGUGGGGCAUGGAGAUCGGAUACAAGUUCUCCUCCAGGACUGUGAUAUACUUGUUGAAUCCGUGUCACGUUACGACGGCAAUACAGAUAUAUUUAUUAGCAGCUUCGCCAAGCAGAGCGGUGACUGCUGUUUUCCGUUUUCAUUUGAAUCUUCUCAACGGACCACUGUUAGCUUUCCUUUUCCCUGAGACAGACACCAGACUCCUACCCCUGGAGUCUGCAAUAUAUUGGAUCCAACACGGAAUGAUGUUCGUUGUGCCUUACUAUUUACUACGACUUGGAGGUGUAUAUAAUGUAGAAGAAUUCUCAGACCUCAGCUGGAGCGCUGUUAGCUAUAGUAUUAACUUAGCCUACCAUUUUGUUAUAUUACAAGGUGUUGGGAUACCAACGCAAGUGAAUCUGAACCACAUGCUUUGCCCAGCCCUGAUGGACCCGUUUGAUGGCCAGUUGUACAGGGUGUACGCUGUGGUUCACCAGGCCGUGCUCUGCCCCAGCCUGUGUAAGCUCUACUGCGCAGUCUCAGCCUUCUUCCUCACAAAGUUCAAACCCACCAAGGUCAAGAAGACGUUGUGCUGCGAAGUAUUCACGCCCAGUUUCAACGGAGACACUCAAGCAGAGUUGAGGAGAAGAUUGCAUGGACAUGAGGAGUAGAGUCGCACACUUCGGGUGGAAAAAGUUGAUGUAGGCUGCUACAGGGUGUUCAAAGCUUUCACUUCCUUCAUGUCAGGAAAGUCUGCUUAAACAAGAAUGUGGUUGAUACAGUUGUUGACCUUAAACAUCACCUUGAGAAUGACCGUCAAGGUCAUUGCGAGAUCGAAUUGAGAAUUUUAAAUAAAACCGUAUCUUGUUGACCCCAACGACGAAAAGAGACGAAAAUUUUACUUUUUGAAAUUACCAUGGCCAUUUGAAGCAGUUUGAAGGUGAACUUGCAAAUUUUCAAUGACUCACAGGUGAAAAUGAUGGAAAAUUGUGUGUUCGGAUGUUACCCUCACCUUGAUCUAUAAAUAUCCUUAGUCAUUAUCAUAGUCAAGGUCAUUCACGAACUUGCAUUUUUUGAACUCCAUUUAAAAUUUUCAUGUUGACUAAAUGACCUCGGUCACUAUUAGUUUGAACGUCAUUUCCUGAGAGAGGAUGGAGAGAAUGCUGAAGCAUUUUGAACACUCUUCAUGAUCAUCAAGAUUUCUCGCUUGAGGGUGGCAAUAACGGUUUUCCCCUGGCCAAUAAAUUGAGGUGUCGGUGUAAAGAUGAGAAUCAGAGAUUGUGUACAUCAUUGAGUAUAUAUGUAUAUGCGUAUACAAUGGUGGAUAUAUACG